GGAGCACCAAUGGGGGGGACGGCCGAGGCAGUUCGAUUUGGCGGUUUGACUUCAAUAUGGCUGAAGUCAGCGGCCUCGAUGAGGCGGCGGCUGAGAAAAGGCUGGACGGGCCCUCUUCGGAAUCCAUGCCACCUGGCACUAGCAUUUCGCGAGUGAAGCUCCUCGACACCAUGGUGGACACUUUUCUCGAGAAGCUGGUCGCCGCCGGGAGCUACCAGAGGUUUGCUGACUGCUACAAGCACUUCCACCAGCUGCAGCCUGAGAUGACCCAGCGGAUCCACGACAAGUUUGUCACUCAGCUGCAGGCAUCCAUCCGGGAGGAAAUCUCAGAAAUCAAAGAGGAAGGGAACCUAGAAACUGUCUUGAACUCCUUGGAUAGAAUUGUGGAAGACGGCAAAGACCACAAGGGGCCGGCCUGGAGCCACCAGCUCCCACCGCCCUGCUCUCGACAGCUGUCAGCACAGUCCGCUGGGGCCCAGACUGCGCGAGGCGGCGCCCCAGCGGGACCCCCGAGAAGGACCUGUGCAGCGUCCUGGCACCCUACUUCCUACAGCAGCGGGACACCCUCCUGCGCCACGUGCAAAGGCAGGAGGCCAAGAACCAGGCGCUGGCCGAGGCCGUCCUGGCAGGGCGCAGGCAGGUGGAGGUGCUGCAGCGGCAGGUGCAGGGCCAGCAGCAGGCCUGGCAGGCCCUGCACAGAGAGCGGCAGGAGCUGGCAGCUGUGCUGACAGAGCCCGAGUGAGGGGCGGGAGCCCUGGAGCAGAGAGCAGUCAAGGCCCAGGGCGGUGGCCAGCAUGCUGGGUCCUAACCCAAGGACAGGUGAACCGGUGCCCAUGCCAGGGUGACAAGGACCAGCGGAGAACAGCAGCGUCCACUCCCCACUCCAGUGGUCCCCACUGCCCUCCACCUGGGAGUGGGACGGUGGGCUUUCUCCGAGGUGUGGCCUGUGCUGCCCCAUCCCUGGCCUGGGAGUGUCUUCGGGCUCCACUGAUUGCCGUCUUGCUGGCCAGCCCAGGGGCCCUUGCCAUGUCCUACCCACAUCUGUAAAUAAACUUUCUCUGUCACACUGUAAUCUUC